UUCAGCUGAGAAGUGACAGGUCAGGUGUCCAGCUGUCAAUUCACUUUAUUCGUGAUUGCGUAUUUGUUUGUUUUGAAGUGGUUUUGGUCACAAAUAAAUAGUGAAAAUGGGCAAAAUAUUCCUCGACCACAUUGGUGGUACGCGUUUGUUCUCAUGUGCCUCGUGCGACGUGAACCUCACAAACCGUUCUGAGCUGAUCAGCACCCGAUUUACGGGAGCCACUGGGCGUGCAUUCCUAUUCCACAAGGUGGUGAACCUGGUGUACUCAGAGGUACAGGACCGCGUGAUGCUCACCGGGCGGCACAUGGUGCGCGAUGUCUCCUGCAAGAACUGUGGCACCAAGCUCGGUUGGGUCUAUGAAUUUGCCACAGAGGAGAACCAGAGGUACAAGGAGGGGCGUGUCAUCCUAGAGAGGGCUCUUGUCACAGAGAGUGAUGGCAUUGAAGAGAUCCAAGUAAACAAUGAUGAUUAGUUACAUUAAGGCCCUAAAAGAAAUUGCAAUAUGAACAGAUUUGUGUUAAAAUUUAGUUUUACAUAUUAGGUGUUAAGUUUUUUAUUUUUAGGAUUAUAUUUUUUCAUCUCUUAUUGAAUAAUAUAGUAUCGUAUUUUUAAUGGACUUAAAAAAUUAAAAAUAAAACUAUGUAAGUUAGGCAUAUUGGCUUUAAAAUUAUAAAAAAUAGCAGGAAUAUUAUUAAGGUAAGUAUAAAAAUUAAACCUACAUUAUUCAAUAAGACUUGAAUGAGGAAUGAUUUCAAAUUGCAUUUACAUCUUUGGCGCAAUAUUGACAUCAAAAUUUAGAUAUUUAUGGAAAAUUAUAGUGUUUAACCUGGGUAGUUGGGUUGGCAGAUGUGAAAGGAUACUUUUGUUGAUCCUGUUUCGGUAUUUUAUAAUUUUAUUUUAGUAGUCAGCCGCAUUCGGAGAAACCGAUGCUACAAGUCCUGUAUAUUAUUUUGAAAAACAGUAGGGUAUAAGUUCCAAUAAAGGUAGUGUUUAAAAAUGUUCAAUGUUUCUUUAAUGCCUGACAUUGUUUGGCCCAAAUCAGAACCUUAGUGCCACUUGUGGAUUAUUAGAACAAUUAAUCAUUAAAUUAGUUAUUGACACUUAUGACCAAACCGAAUCUCAAUUUUAGGCUUUAAAAAAUCCAAAUUAUGAUUUGGAUACGAAAUUUAAAAUGGAAAAUUCUCAGUAUUAGAGUAGUAUUGGUACCUAAUUAUCCAGGUUGGACAAUAGUUUAAAAAAUUAAUGUGAUAAAAAAUUAUUGUAUUAUAAUUUUACUAAAAGAAACUAUUCGCUCAGAGGUUUACAAUAAAUGUAAUGUAUUUAUGUGUUGACAGUGUUCAUGUAUGCCAUCCUUUAUAAUGGUCAGUAGUGGUAACAGUGUAGACAAUAAGCCUUUCUAUAAUCAUUAACGAUAAUAAAUAAAAAAAAUAUAGGAAUGAUAUGUAAUUUUUUUUAUUGGCGUUAACAAUUACAUAAGGCAUAUUGUCUAUAGCCCCUGGUUGGAAACAAGGAGGUUUUAGUGCCCUAAAUUGUGCUUUUAUUAUUAUAAAAAUACAGACUGGCACAGAUGUCCAUAUACUUAUCAAUUUUUUAUCAGUUAUGUUUCUAAGGGCAUAUACAUAUAAACGUGUGUCUAGAUGUUUAUAAUAGGGAUGUUGACUCAAAAAAAAACAUAUUAAAAUAAACCACAUAAAAGAAAAAAACCAGGUUCAAAAAUGCUACAAGUAAUAUCAUUAUCAGCCGAUAUUUUUGUCCACUACUGGACAUGGGCCUCGUCCAAUAUGCGCCACUUUACCCUAAUAUAAUAACUAAUAAAAUUGUUUUUUAUUCGUUAUUGUAAUAUGAAUA